UUGAAUUCGCACCACGAUCCUUGCCAAGCAGCAUCGAAAGAGGAAGUUUUGUCAAUGCCAAUUUAUACUUCCACACCUUUUCCAAACUUUUGAAGGAGGACUUUAUAUGGAAGCUCAGAAAUGAAGUUCAAACUGCGCGUAAAAAUAAUGGCGCAAUAAUAAGGGGCCCAAAUAUGUAUAAUAAUGUGCGUUUCUGCGACUCAAAUAACGUGAAGGAAAACUUCAUAAGCUGUAACUGCCAUGAUAAGGGUAGUGGACUUCUUAAAUUCUGUUCACCAGCCGGAAAGAACAAUCCCGAUCAAGGCAAGCUGCUGUUGCCCGGGUCGAUAGUGUUGUUAACAUGCGACAAUUUCAACAAUUAUCUCAUUGCAAUUGUCAAGUGUAAACAUAUAGCAAAUUGGCAAAUUUCCAUUGACUUUUGCGAUGGUGAAUUCAAAAACGAGGGCCAAAAACACAGGACUUACACCAUGAUGGAAUGCGAGGUUUACUUUGAACCUUAUAAACAGGUUCUUGGGGCGAUUAAAGACAUAAACCCAGAUGACAUGCUAAUGCCCCAUUACAUUAUUGAAGCCCAGGUUAAGAAAGUGAAUAACCUGGAUCGUAGACGCAUCUUCUUUGACGGGCCAAAUGGCCAAAGUUGCCUUGACUCAAAACGCCCCGACCCACGGUCCGAACUUGUGGCGCUAGGAGUUAAUUUUCCGCAGUUAUGCGCCAUUAAAAAUGCUGUGAAUAGCGAAAUCGCGCUGAUUCAAGGACCUCCUGGCACAGGAAAGACCUAUGUAGCACUCAAAAUCACCGAGAUCAUGAUUAAAAACAAGGAAGAUUUCGGAAUAGAAGGGCCUAUCUUGGUCUUGUGCAAGACAAAUCGUGCUUUGGACCAGUUUAUGCUUGGCGUGCUGAAAUUCACGACUCAAAUCCUGCGAUUCGGGGGCCAGUCACAAUGCCCUGAGUUGGAUAGCUAUAAUUUUAACCGUCUUAAGGGCAAUUCUAAUGCACGUUGGUAUAACGCGAGCGAAAUGGCUGUGGUCGGAAUGACAACAACGGCGGCGGCGCGAAACCACAUGGAAAUUAGGCAUAAGCUCGGUUGCACAAACGUCAUUGUUGAAGAAGCCGCUCAAAUUUUCGAGGCACAUGUGGUUGCGUCCUUGAGUUCGAAAAUCAAACAAAUGAUUUUGAUAGGGGAUCACCAACAACUGCGGCCAACCGUCAACAACCACGAACUUUCUAAAUUUUACUUAGACGUCUCUCUGUUCGAGCGGUUGGUUAAAAAUGGAAUGGUUCCCAAUGUUCUAGAAGUUCAGCACAGAAUGCCCCCCCAGAUUAGUCAACUGCUCUGUCCAAUCUUCUAUAGAAACCUUCAAAAUGGUGCUGAGGUUUUCGAGAAACCGCUACCAAAGGGUUUGAGGAAGAUAGUUUCCUUCGUACAUCACGGGGAAUUGGAAACACAAGAGAAUGGCGGCAUGUCGUGGAUAAAUUUGCACGAGGCGCGCUUCCUCGUUGGCGUCUGCCAGCAUUUGCUGUUUCAGCGUGACUACUCAGAAAAAGAUAUAACUAUCUUGACUAUGUACAAAGGCCAGAUGUAUGAGAUUAAAAAAAUCAUCAGGGCCAUCAAAGCAGAGAAAGCCAACAAAGGGGAAAAAGUCACCCCAGAAUUAGAAGCCCUCACAAAGGUUCGCGUUGCCGUGGUUGACGACUUUCAAGGGGAGGAAUGCAACAUAAUUCUGUUGUCCCUAGUACGCAGCAAUCAGCAAGGUCAAAUUGGCUUUGUGAACACACCCAACAGGGUGUGCGUUGCUCUUAGCAGAGCCAAAAUCGGUCUUGUCAUUGCUGGCAACAUUCACACUCUGGCCAGAGGGAGUGACAUGUGGAGAUGGAUCGGAUGGAAUCUCAGCAGUUCAGGAGCUGUUUCUGACACAUUGGAUCUCAGGUGCGAGUUGCAUCUAGAUCAGAUCUUUAAGGUGAGAAACGGGGAAGAAAUAAAAUAUCGGUCCCCUUACGGUGGCUGCAGCAAGAUGUGCAUGAUGAUUAUGCCCUGCGGCCACAGCUGCUUCGCAGUUUGUCACGCAGGAACGGAUGAUCAUGGCUUGUGCAGGCAACCCUGCCAACGUAUUUGUCAGAAAUGCAGAAAGAGGUGCACUAAAAAGUGCAACGAAGACUGCCCUAAAUGCUGCCCAGAUGAGAUGGAACACAUUGGUCAACAGAUGGGACAAUUAUCAAUGAAAAGUAACAGGAAUCCUCCUGGUCUGUAGUGAAUAAUGUGCAGAGAAAGCUAAACCGAUGAUCAAAUGUGUGCGUGUGUGUGAGAGUGAAAGACAUGCAAUUAGUCUACAUUAGUGCGGUCGCUCAAUAACACUCCUCCUGUGCACCACUUACAAAAAAAUGACAAGAAAAAGGUGAAAAAGACUACCCGCGCCGCGCACGGCGCCUUAACUGCGGAAGACGCCACAUAGGACUAUGGGACUUGUACAAAGAAAUAAGCGUGUUGGAACCUUCUGUAAAAUUGAUUUCCAGUAACUUAACCUAGAUUAUUAGUUCUAUGAUAAAGUGAUUUAAAAUUCAUUUCGUUUUUAAAAUUAAUUUUUUUUUUUUUUUGAAAUUUUGGCUUCCACCUGUGAUGAAAACAUGAAGUGUGCCUCUCAGUUUAAUCCUCUCUGCAAGGAAUACUGUACGUGAUUCCAAGUUUUUAAAUUGUUAUUGUUAGUUUUCAAUAACUAUAGUCUCUGGGCCCACUCCGGCUCUGUCCUCCUGGACAGGGUUUUAGUAAGAUAUAUAUUCUUAAUGACUUGCUAUAUGUAACAUGAAUGUUUUUGAAAAUUUGUGAGAAUAAACAACAAUGGGCUUGUUUUUGGCCGAAAUCGCUAGCAAGAUUAUAAUAAA